AUGCCAACGGAGAUCACCGCAAUUUGUGUUUACUGCGGCAGCAGCACUGGCAACAGUCAAAAGUAUGUAGAAGCCGCCCAAGAGCUUGGAGAAGCUUUAGUCAAGAAUGGAAUCGCGCUGGUCUACGGAGGCGGCGACAAGGGUCUCAUGGGAAUAAUCGCUAGGACUGUUCACGAAGGAGGAGGAAAUGUAGUGGGAAUUAUACCAGAGGCCAUGACGCAGUUCGAAGGGAUGCUCCUCGUGGGGGAUGUCACCAUCGUACCGGACAUGCAUACAAGAAAGAAAAAGAUGGAAGAAAAUUGCAAUGCUUUCAUUGCACUUCCGGGCGGAUUUGGCACGUUUGAAGAGUUGUUUGAAGCAAUUACCUGGGCUCAACUCAACAUCCAUUCCAAGCCAAUUGGUGUCCUGAACACAAAUGGAUUCUACGACCCGCUGAUAGCAUUAAUUGAUAAGAGUAUCGAAAGCGGGUUCAUUAAGCCAUCUAAUAGAGAAUUAAUAGUUGUUCGGGACAAUGUCAGUGACUUGUUGACAGCGUUGCGAGAAUUCAAGAUGCCAGAAGAUGCUCAAUACAAUCUCGACUGGCAAAAAGCAAAGGAACUGGCUUGAAUAUAGGUAGGACUCCGGCAGCCGGCGAUGCAUUCCUUCCCGAACACAUUGUUCGGCGCUAUAUAGAUGGUGGAUUGGAACAAAUUGAGCAAUAAAUUACAAUUCAUUUAUUAAGAAUCGCCAGUGCAACGCAAGGCGCCUAUCCUAAAC